AUGAUAACUGUUAUAUCUUCACGGAGGAGGAGAAGAAAAUACGACAGUAACAACGGCUCUACGGCGGCAAUCUGGUGUUUAGCAGCAAGCGGGGCUAGCGGAAAGAAGAGAAGAAGAAGAAGAAGAAAUGGUGGCAACAAACUUCAAUCAAGGGCAACGACUCCUCUACGCCUCGUUUUUCCGGCAAGGAACGUCAUGGUGUGCGGCGAUAAAUGCGUCUUCCAGCAGCAGCAACCACAACGACAUGGUGGUUGUGACUUGUCCCUCUUCACGUCCCGAUGGAACAAUGUCCUCCGCCGGUCUUCAUCCUCAGCCACAACGGAAAUGGAGACGACGACACUUGGCUCGGUGGCUUGCGACCUCGACAUAGUGAUUUUAUCACAAAAUCCGAAACCUCAAAUCGCAUACCCUAAAUCCACAGACUGUUUCCUCGCUCAUCCUCUUCGUCACCAGCAGCUUCAGAUAACUCAUCGAGCAGACUCCGUGAUAGCACUUCUCAAGAAUCAGGGGUUUACAGAAACCCAGAUUUCUCAAUUACUCCGAAAGAACCCUACGGCUCUCACAUGUCAUCCCGAAAAAAAUCUUUUGCCUAAAUUCGAGUUCUUAGGUUCUAUAGGACUUUCGGAAUCUGAUAUUAUUAAGUUAUUAAACGGAAUACCCAACUUACUAGGUAAAAACUUGAAGAAUUACAUAGAACCUACCUAUAGUUCACUUAGAAACUUGCUUCAAUGCAACGAUACAACACUUCGUGCAAUCAGAAAGUGUGCCUUGGUCUUGGAUGCGGAUUUCCAAGCAAAUAUGAUUCCAAAUAUGCAAAUGUUGCAUGAUGUUGGGGUGCCUGGAUCCAAAAUAUUUCAUCUAUUGAAUUACCAGCCUAGAAACUUUUUAGCUACUACAGAGCAGUUCAAAAAGGUGGUGGAGGAAAUAGUGGAGAUGGGUUUUGAUCCUUUGAAAACAGCUUUUGUGUUAGGGAUUCACACACUUAUGUCAAUGAGCAAGUCCACAAGGGAGAAGAAGAUGGAGGUUUAUGAGAAAUGGGGUUGGUCUAAAGCCCAGAUCUUGGUAGCCUUUAGGAGUAGUCCAGUGUGUUUGAUGAUGUCGGAGGAGAAAAUCGAUAAAGUGAUGGAGUUUCUUGUUAGCAAGAUGGGGUUUGAGACAUCACUUAUUGCAAAGAAUUCUGUUCUUGUUUCAUUGAGUAUGGAGAAAAGGAUUAUCCCGAGAUGUUUGGUUUACCAAUAUUGUUUGGACAAUGGAUUGAUGAAUGAUAAAAAUUACUGUGGUAUUGGUUGGUGGUUGAAAGGUACUGAGAAUGCAUUCAUCGAGAGAUUGAAAAGAUAUGAGCCAGAAGCUUCAAAUGCUCUCAAAUUCUAUCAGGAAAAGUUGGAUCAUGCCAAUUAA